CCCCUAGUCAGUGGCUGCUCAGUUGCUGUUGGGCCUCGGAGGCGUUAACAUCGCUCUUUUCUGUCUGCGAAGCCAUGGCUGUCCGGGCCCCUGUACCGCGGGGCGACGCCAGUGCCGAGAGAUACCUGUUUGUCGACCGGAACCAGGUGGGCAACCCAGCAUCGCAGGCUGAUUGGACGGCCAAGCGGCUGGUGUGGGUCCCAUCGGAGCGUCACGGCUUCGAGGCGGCUGGGCUGCGCGAAGAGCGGGGAGAUGAGGUGCUGGUGGAGCUUGCCGAGAACGGGCGUCAGGUGCUGGUCGCCAAGGACGACAUCCAGAAGAUGAACCCCCCCAAAUUCACCAAGGUGGAGGACAUGGCAGAGCUGACCUGCCUCAAUGAGGCCUCCGUGCUGCACAACCUCAAAGACCGCUACUACUCAGGCCUCAUUUACACAUAUUCAGGGCUUUUUUGUGUGGUCAUCAACCCUUAUAAGAACUUGCCCAUCUACACGGAGCAGAUUGUGGAGAUGUACCGGGGCAAGAAACGCCACGAAAUGCCCCCCCACAUCUAUGCCAUCUCUGAGGCUGCCUACCGAAGCAUGCUGCAGGAUCGAGAGGAUCAGUCUAUCUUGUGCACGGGUGAGUCGGGUGCGGGCAAGACGGAGAACACGAAGAAAGUGAUCCAGUACUUGGCACACGUGGCAUCAUCACACAAAGCUCGGAAGGACCACAACGUGCCGCUGGAGUACGUGAACGAAGCCAAGCAACAGGGUGAACUGGAGCGCCAGCUACUACAAGCCAACCCUAUCUUGGAGGCCUUUGGCAAUGCGAAAACUGUUAAAAAUGACAACUCUUCACGAUUUGGUAAAUUUAUUCGGAUAAAUUUUGAUGUAGCUGGCUACAUUGUGGGAGCAAACAUAGAGACCUACCUGCUAGAGAAAUCACGAGCCAUUCGUCAGGCCAAGGACGAGCGAACCUUCCAUAUCUUCUACCAGCUCUUAGUGGGUGCUGGUGAGCACAUGAAGGGAGAGCUGCUGCUGGAGCCCUUUAAUCAGUACCGCUUCCUGUCCAACGGAUACCUGCCCAUUCCAGGACAGCAGGACAAGGAGAUCUUCCAUGAGACCAUGGAGUCGAUGCGCAUCAUGGGCUUUUCUCAUGAGGAGAUACAUUGUAUGCUGCGGAUGGUCUCAGCAGUGCUGCAGUUUGGGAACAUCGUUUUCCGUAAAGAGAGAAACACAGACCAGGCCUCCAUGCCCGAUAACACAGCGGCCCAGAAGCUCUGCCACCUCCUGAGCAUGAAUGUCACCGAGUUCACCCGCGCCAUCCUGACCCCACGUAUCAAGGUUGGCCGGGACUACGUGCAGAAGGCACAGACAAAGGAGCAGGCUGACUUUGCGGUCGAAGCCUUGGCCAAAGCCACCUAUGAGCGGCUCUUCCGCUGGCUGGUUCAUCGGAUCAACCGGGCCCUGGACCGUACCAAGCGCCAGGGGGCCUCCUUCAUUGGCAUUCUGGACAUUGCGGGUUUUGAAAUCUUUCAGCUGAAUUCCUUUGAGCAGCUCUGCAUCAACUACACCAAUGAAAAGCUUCAGCAGCUCUUCAACCACACCAUGUUUGUGCUGGAGCAGGAAGAAUACCAGCGAGAGGGCAUUGAAUGGAACUUCAUUGACUUCGGCCUGGACCUUCAGCCCUGCAUCGACCUCAUCGAGAGGCCAGCAAACCCCCCCGGGGUGCUGGCUCUUCUGGAUGAGGAAUGCUGGUUCCCCAAAGCCACUGAUAAGAGUUUUGUGGAGAAGGUCUCUCAAGAGCAGGGAACUCACCCCAAGUUCCAGAAGCCCCGGCAGCUGCGGGACAAAGCAGACUUCUGCAUCAUCCAUUACGCUGGCAAGGUCGACUACAAAGCAGACGAGUGGCUCAUGAAGAAUAUGGAUCCUCUGAAUGACAACGUGGCGACCCUUCUCCACCAGAGUGCGGACAAGUUCACAGCAGAACUGUGGAAAGAUGAGAUCCAGAAUAUACAGAAGGUCUAUUUCUUUGACAGCUAUGCUGUGGCACCUCAGGGUCCAGUCGAAAUGGACCGAAUUGUUGGUCUGGACCAAGUAAGUGGGAUGGGAGACCUUGCCUUUGGCUCCUCAUACAAGACGAAGAAGGGAAUGUUCCGGACAGUGGGGCAGCUGUAUAAGGAGUCUCUCUCCAAGCUCAUGUCAACCCUGCGCAACACCAACCCCAACUUUGUGCGCUGCAUCAUACCCAACCAUGAGAAGAGAGCUGGAAAACUGGAGCCACACCUGGUGUUGGACCAACUGCGCUGUAAUGGAGUCCUGGAGGGGAUUCGCAUUUGUCGCCAGGGAUUCCCCAACCGUAUCAUUUUCCAAGAAUUUCGGCAGAGGUACGAGAUCCUGACGCCAAAUGCCAUCCCCAAGGGCUUCAUGGAUGGGAAACAGGCCUGUGAACGCAUGAUCAAGGCCUUGGAGCUGGACCCCAACCUCUUCCGUAUCGGCCAGAGUAAGAUCUUCUUUCGUGCUGGUGUCUUGGCGCACCUAGAAGAGGAACGGGAUCUGAAGAUUACCGAUAUUAUAGUGUCCUUCCAGGCAGCUGCCAGGGGGUACCUGGCCCGCAAGGCUUUCAUGAAAAAGCAGCAGCAGAUGAGCGCCCUCAAAGUCAUGCAGCGCAACUGCGCCGCCUACCUCAAGUUGCGUCAUUGGCAGUGGUGGCGCCUCUUCACCAAGGUGAAACCCUUGUUGCAGGUGACCCGCCAGGAUGAGGUGAUGCAGGCAAAAGCCCUGGAGCUGCAAAAGGUGCAGGAGAAACACACAAAAACCCAAACAGACCUCAAAGAACUGGAGAACAAAUACCAGCAGCUGUCGGAGGAGAAGUCCAUCCUGGCCGAGCAGCUGCAAGCGGAGACAGAGCUGUUUGCCGAAGCGGAGGAGAUGCGGGCGCGGCUAGCGGCUAGGAAACAAGAACUGGAGGACAUCCUGCAUGAGCUGGAGUCGCGGGUGGAGGAGGAGGAAGAGCGAUGCCAGCAGCUGCAGGGGGACAAGAAGAAGAUGCAGCAGCACGUCCAGGACCUUGAAGAGCAGCUGGAGGAGGAGGAGGCCGCCCGGCAGAAGCUGCAGCUGGAGAAAGUGAGCACGGAAGCCAAGCUGAAGAAAAUGGAGGAAGACCUGCUGGUGCUUGAAGACCAAAACUCAAAGCUUCACAAAGAAAAGAAGCUGAUGGAUGAGCGUCUCUCAGAGUUCACCUCCCAUAUGGCAGAAGAGGAGGAGAAGGUGAAGAGCCUGUCGAAGCUACGCAACAAAUACGAAGCUGUCAUGGCCGAUAUGGAAGAUCGGCUGAAGAAAGAAGAAAAGGGGCGCCAGGAGCUGGAGAAGCUGAAGCGCAAGUUGGAUGGGGAGGCGGGUGACCUCCAGGAGCAGGUGGUGGAGCUGCAGCAACAACUGGAGGAGCUCCGCCAAGCGCUGGCGAGGAAGGAGGCUGAGCUGCAGGCAGCAUUGGCCAGAGUGGAGGAAGAAUCGGCCCAGAAGAACGCGGUGCUCAAGUCCCUGCGGGAGCUGCAGGCACAGCUAGCGGAACUGCAGGAGGACUUGGAGUCUGAGAAGGCAGCCCGUGCCAAGGCCGAGAAGCAGCGGCGGGACCUCGGCGAGGAGCUGGAGGCGCUGAAGACGGAACUGGAGGACACCCUGGACUCAACAGCCGCCCAGCAAGAGCUGCGGUCAAAGCGGGAACAGGAAGUGACUGAGUUAAAGAAGACCAUUGAGGAGGAAGUCAAGGUGCACGAGGCGCAGGUGCUGGAAAUGCGCCAGCGUCACACCAGUGCCCUGGAGGAGCUUUCGGAGCAGUUGGAGCAAUCACGCCGGUUCAAAUCUACCCUGGAAAAGACCAAGCAGGCCCUGGAGGGAGAGAAUGCGGAGAUGCAGAAGGAGGUGAAGCUCCUGCAAGGGGCCAAGCUGGAUUCCGAGCAGCGGCGCAAGAAGCUGGAGGGGCAAGUGCAGGAGCUGCAGCUCCGGGCGGCCGAGAGUGAAAGGGCCAAGGCGGAGCUCACGGAGAGGCUGGUGAAGCUGCAGAACGAGCUGGAUGGAGUCUCCGGUACGCUGGGAACCGCAGAGUCCAAGACGAUAAAGCUUGUCAAAGAUCUGGCCAGCGUAGAAUCCCACCUGCAAGAUACCCAGGAACUGCUCCAGGAAGAGACACGGCAGAAGCUGAACCUGAGCUCGCGGGUCCGGCAGCUGGAGGAGGAAAAGGGGGCUCUGCUGGAGCAGCUGGAGGAGGAGGAGGCCGCCAAGGCUAACUUCACCCGCCAGGUCCAGGGCUUGCAGCAGCAGGUGAUGGAGACCAAGAAGAAACUGGAUGAAGAUGCCGGAGUAGCCGAGUCUCUCGAGGAAGCCCGGCGCCGGGCAGCCAAGGAGCUGGAGGGGCUCUCCCAGCGCUACGAGGAGCGGAUCCAGGCCUGCGACAAGCUGGAGAAAGGGCGGACUCGGCUGCAGCAGGAGCUGGAUGAUGUCACCGUCGCCCUCGACCAGCAACGCCAGGUGGUCUCUGCGCUCGAGAAGAAACAGAAGAAAUUUGACCAGAUGUUGGCCGAGGAGAAGCUGAUCUCAGCCCGCUGUGCCGAGGAGAGGGACCGUGCCGAAGCCGAUGCCCGCGAGAAGGAGACCAAGGUGCUUUCGCUGAGCCGUGCCCUGGAAGAGGCGCAGGAAGCCCGGGAGGAGCUGGAGAGGCAGAACAAGCAGCUGCGAGCAGAGAUGGAUGACCUGGUCAGCUCCAAAGAUGACGUCGGCAAGAAUGUGCACGAGCUGGAGCGUUCCAAGAGGGCCCUGGAGCAGCAAGUGCAAGAGAUGCGGGCCCAGCUGGAGGAGCUGGAAGACGAGCUCCAGGCCACGGAGGACGGGAAGCUGCGCCUGGAGGUCAACAUGCAGGCUCUGAAGGCCCAGCACGAGAGGGAGCUGCAAAACCGCGACGAUGCCAACGAUGACAAGAAGAAGCUGCUCAGCAAGCAGGUGCGGGAGCUGGAGGCUGAACUGGACGCUGAGAGGAAGCAGCGGGCCCAAGCACUUGCGGCCCGGAAGAAGUUAGAGCUCGACCUGCAGGAGGCCCUGGCCCAGCUGGAUGCUGCCAACAAGGGACGAGAUGAGGCCGGAAAGCAGCUUCGCAAGUUGCAGGCCCAGAUGAAGGAGCUCUGGCGGGAAGUGGAGGAGGCCCGGGCGGCCCGCGAGGAGAUCUUCAUCCAGUCCCGUGAGAGCGAGAAGAAGCUGAAGAAUCUGGAGGCAGAGUUGUUGCAGCUGCAGGAGGACCUGGCAGCAUCGGAACGAGCCAAGAGACAAGCCCAGCAAGAGCGAGAUGACUUGGCAGAUGAGUUGGCCAAUGGGAACAGUGGCAAAUCAGCUCUCAUGGAUGAGAAACGUCACCUAGAGGCAAGAAUUGGGCAGCUAGAGGAGGAGCUGGAUGAGGAGCAAAGCAACAUGGAGCUCCUGAAUGACCGGUACCGGAAGCUCAGCAUGCAGGUGGAGACGCUCACCACAGAGUUGGCAGCCGAGCGCAGCUUUUCACAGAAGGCCGAGAACGCCCGGCAGCAGCUCGAACGCCAGAACAAAGACCUGAGGGCCAAGCUGGGGGAGAUGGACUCAUCUGUCAAGUCCAAAUACAAGAUGGCAAUCGCGACUCUGGAGUCCAAGGUGGCCCAGCUGGAGGAACAGUUGGAGCAGGAAUCCAGGGAGAGGAUCCUGUCAGGGAAACUUGUGCGACGGGCAGAAAAGAAACUCAAGGAGGUGUUCCUUCAGGUGGAUGAGGAGAGGAGGAAUGCAGAUCAGUUCAAGGAUCAGGUUGAGAAGGGCCACCUACGGCUGAAGCAGCUGAAGCGGCAGCUGGAGGAGGCGGAGGAGGAGGCCUCGCGGUCCAAUGCCAGCCGCCGCCGCCUGCAGCGGGAGCUUGAUGAUGUCACCGAGUCGGCUGAAUCCAUGAACCGGGAGCUCAACAGUCUGAGGAAUCGCCUCAGCAAGUUAGAACGCCGGCAGCGGAAGCGCACCCCUCUGAGCUUCACCACUCGAACCGUGCGGCAGGUUUUCCGCCUGGACGGUGUCUCGGAUGAAGAGACCGAGGACCCGGAGAGCGACUCCCCAUCUGCGAAUCACCAGCCCCCAACUCCCACUCAGGGGCAGCAGCCAGCACCCCCUGCUGAACCAGCCCAGACUGAAUGAGGAAGGGGUGUCAGACCCCAGGUGGGUGGGGGUGGAUCUCAUAGGAGGGGGAACAGCCCCAACCUUGUGUGCGCACUGUCUGACGUAUAUACAAAAACAGCCCCCCCCAUACCCACCCCCUGCUGGCAAUCCUGGCUCCUCUUUCAAGGGUCUCCCCACACUCUCUGAGUGAGAUCUUCUUGUAUCAGGCUGCACUUUAAUAUCAACUACCCCUGAGGGGUGGAAAUCGGGGAGGGGUGAAGGGAUGGGGUGGGGUCAGGAUUUUAACUAUAUCCCUUUUUAACAGAAAAAAAUCCAACUCAAAUAGCCAAUGCUAUUUCUCCUGCACCUUUCUUCUUCUUCUUCUUCUUCUUGUCCCUUUUUUCUCUUUUCAUCCUCCCCCUCCCCGCCAGCUCAAGUCUGAAUAUAAAAGACCUUCUGGGCCACUACCUAAAAAAGAAAACCGCAGACAGCAAGCAGUUAGCUGGACACAGACUGGGGUGGGAACAGGUGGCCUUAUCCAACCACGUAGUUGCCCCUGGGGUGAAGGUGCUGGCUUCUUCAGCGAUCCCCUGCUCUGGCACCAAGGUGCGUCCAGCUCUUGGUGGGGGCAACUGUUUUUCACAGAGAGGAUCCUUUGCCCAGCACCGAGAGGCAGCUGGAGCUGGGGUGCCUUUUGUUCCCUACGUACUUGAGUCACUCAGUUGCAUCUCGGAUCCUAAGGUCUCCUUGCCUGCUACCCCAGGGACUGGUGGGGCUCUCUGGUAUUCCUUCACAGGAAGGGCAUCUGGAAUCUUAUCUCGGGAAGGAAGCAGCUCCUUCCAACACACCUCGGCCUGCUGGAGUUAUCAGACCCUCCACUUGCCCAGACCUUGGGCAACUCAAGGAAUGAACUGGAAACUCCCUUCAUCUCAACCUGCCUUCUCCAGAUUUGGAUUUGAAAUGGUUUCCCACCAUCUCUGCAUAUCAUUGCCAGUGGCCAAGAGCACUUUGACCUCUCAUCUUUCUCUUCCACUGCUCCCCAAACCUCCUGCUGCUUGCUUGUUUGUUUUAAAAGUCAGGAUUUGCAAACCCUGUAGGGUCAGUAUCAAUGACAGGCCUGUUAAUCGGCCAUAUCUGGGCCUGUUAAUCUUGUCUGACUGCACACGUAAGGAAUUUUGCACAGUAUCUGACACAGAGUUUGAAUUCUGUGUUCACAUUCAGUUUUCUUUAAAAGAAAGGAAAAAAAUCCCCAAGUUUCUUGUCCUCAUGAGCUGUGGAUGUACAUUUGAAAACAUCUGGUGUUUGUGGAAGGCCUUGGUUUCUGUCGCCUUUGUAGCUCCUUGUCCCUCCCUCUGUGGCCUUCUGCUUUUGCAUCUGGUGCUCCUCCUGCCGCCAUAUGGCUCUUUACCAAAAUAAAAAUGCAAGCUCUGACAACACUCAAAACGUUUGGCUUAGAGUAAAGCAUGAAAUUAAGCAAGUGAAUGCAGAAUUAGCAUAUCUGCAGAAAUCUUAUUUAUUUAACCACAGGAUUUCAAUUCCUCAGUGCAGAGCUUUGCCGUGGGGUGGUGAGCACUCUCUCUAGAGUUCUGAGCGUCUGUUCUUCUCCUUGAGCCCUGGGGCCCAGUUUGGGCUGAGGUGGAAUGUGGGGUCAGGGGCGGGUGUUCUUAUCCCCAAACCCAACUGGGUCACCCAGAGAGUUCACUGGGUCGCUUCAGAGAGUCUUUGAGGAGAGGGCCACAGUCCGAGGGCCUGGCCUGUUGCUCUGUGCACUUGUCACGGGAUGUGAACAUGAGUAACCACCUUCAUCUGUCCUUCCCAGGAACAACUUGGCUUCUCUGGAGACUUAAGCCCUGUUCAGACAUUAUGGGGUGCAGAUGUACAGAUGUCUGUACACUUGUGCAUGUGCUUGGGAAUGAUUGUGUCUGCUUUUGUUUUUAAAAGUAAACCUGGGUACAAGCCCUUCAAACGCAUGGUACAAACAGGAAGUGUAUUGUGCCUUUGUUCAACAGAACAUGUGGACAGGGUUGAUUUGAUUUAAAUCACGAUUUAAAUUGCUUCACAGAAGGACUCAGUUUUAAUGAUUUAAAUCACUAUUUAAAUUACUAGACAGGAAGAUUCUAUUUAAUCACUAUUUUCUAUAGAAGUCGAUUCUUGUUGUCUAAUAUAAUCUUAAUACCUGUCUAGAGAGAGAUGUAGGUUUCAUUUUUAGAAGGUAGGUUCACACUUCUCAUAAUGCUGUUUCGUUCGGGCAGUGAGGCUUUGCACUUCGUUGUUGCACUGUUUGCAUUUUGCACACAUGCCUCUCUUAUCCACAAGUACAAGAACUUCAUUAACAUAUUCCCAAGUGGGGUUUCUUUCAUGGCCUGCUGCUAUGGUCGGCGUUCCCCUUCUACAAUGGAGGAUUCCCCCGGAAAGAGUUUCCUCAGGCCUGUUCUGUUCACUUUUGGCUUCACUUUCUAUUUCCCUUCCCAAUCCCCAUCCCCUGCAUUUAUAUCCACACUCUUCUUCCUUGCUCAGAUCUGCCCAAAUCCUCUCUAUUCAUUCAUUGACCUUCUUUGUCAUUGCACUUGGGGGGGGGGGUACCCCACCUGCAGAAUGGGGCUGGUAAGGUCUGUUAUCUCUCAUCCCUAUAUACUGCUGUUAACAUGGUCAUUGAAUAUAACUAUGAUUAAUAUUCAUGAUGAUAUCCUUGACUAAGUUCCUUAGGAUUUUUUAAAAAGCCCAAUUUAAACAAAACUGCUUUUUUUCUUUUUUAAAUCCAUUUUUAUCAACCCUGUGUGUGAAUAACUGUACCUGUGCACACUGGACGCUCGUACGAGUGUUCAGCAUAAUGUCUGAAUAGGGCUUUAAUGCUGCUUCACACCUGUUUCCUAGAUGCAGAUAUUGAGCACAUGGAGGGCGGGGGUGGGGGGAGACAUAUGCAUAUUGUCAAUUGUUCAAGCAUCUCUUACCACAGUUGCCCAUAAGUGGGAGCUGCUGCUGCUUACAUCUAGGAAAAAUACAUUGUGUGAAACAGCCCUUACCACUAGAUGAAUCAGAAGCAAGCUGGAGAGCCCCUAAUUAUCCAGGGGCUCAUUUCCUUUUCCCCUUCACUUUGGCUUCUGAUUUAAUUCCUUGAUGAUGCUACACUUGGUUUGGAGCAAAUUAUACAUCCCCCUCCUUUCUUUGGGGGGAGACUAGGGCAGUGAAAUAGCUUUAGCUGUUUGACAACUUGCAGUGUGAUCCUAUGCGUGUUUACUCAGAAGUAAGUCCUACUAUGUUCAAGGGGCCUUACUCCCAGGUAAGCAUGCAUCUACUUGAAGCCAUAGUGCUCUAGUGUUCAAAGUGCUUUACAUAUAUUAUCUCAGUAUAAACUUGGGCUCUAAGCUAUUGUGUACUUUUCAAAAGCAGAGUUUCAGCAGCUGAUGGGUAGUAAGGCAAAAAGGUCUAGCCUAGGGCCCUCAUUUAGGAGUUCAAACUGUAGGGUUUGCAAAUCCUAGCUUUGACACAUACUAAAGCAUCCAGAUUUAUGCUCUCUUUUUGGCUCCAGGAACUGGAUUGGGGGGUGGGCCUGCCUUCUAUUAUAUAUAUUUUAUUGCAUGGUAGUUUCUUGUCUUAAUUUGUUUUAAUUCUAUUUUAUUAUUAUUAUUAUUUGUUUCUAACAAAGUAUUUUAUUCUGAGCAAUUUUUUUCCUCAAACCCAGGGGGUUUGCUUUUUUUUUUUUUAAUUUUAAAUCUUGUCUUUUCCCCCUUCUUGCUGACUUGGAUCUGUUUGGAGUUUCUUAUCCUGAUGUAAAGGGCCAUAGCAAUUAUCCUGCUCCUUUUUGUUAAAAAAAGAAAAGAAAAAAAGAGAAUACUUUUUCAGAAAAAGUAUGUCUUCUAUUAAAAGCUCAUCUCUGAUUACAAGA